ACUCGGUGUAAACAGGAAGAACCAACGAAAAGUAGGGUAAAUCUGCCAUAAAGACGGGGAAAUGAUCGAGCAAGAACGAACCAAUUUCUCACUUUUCUUUGUAUAUUAACCAACGUAAACGAUGUCAAGUACCACCUGAUAGCAAUUUCGAUUUACAUCCCGUGAAAGCUGUUGCUAAAUUUUCUGCAAAAAAAAACAUAAGCUAAAUCCGUAAGCUAGCUAACAGUCGAACAGACAGUGACGCGAUUUAUUUCCUCCGGGUUUUGCUCGGAGAAUUUGCCUGCUAAAUUGCGUUUUGAAAUAAUUCUGUGCUCUCUGGAUUCGUUUGAAUUUCGUGACUUUGAAACGAGAGAGAUUGCGAACAAUGGUUCAAAAAGAUAAAACGCUGGAGACGCCGCAAGUGGAUGGCGAGCCGAGCCCCAGCCCAGUCUCCGGAGAGGCUUGUGCAGAGGCCCCUGGCCCGGUGGAAGAGUCCGGAAUUGGAGUCGAACUGACGGGCCACAGGAAAUUCAUUAGCGGAGUCGUGGAAGGCUUUUAUGGUCGACCAUGGACAAUGGAACAGAGGAAAGAACUAUUCAGAAGGCAGCAGAAAUGGGGACUGAAUACAUACCUUUAUGCACCCAAAGAUGACUACAAGCACAGAAUGUUUUGGAGAGAGCUGUAUUCAGUGGAAGAAGCAGAGCAACUCAUGACUUUGAUUGGUGCUGCUAAGGAGCAUGGUAUAGAGUUUAUCUAUGCUAUUUCCCCUGGAUUGGACAUCACCUUCUCUAAUCAGAAAGAGGUUUCUGCACUCAAGAGAAAACUUGAUCAGGUUUCUCAUUUUGGCUGCAAAUCAUUUGCCUUACUUUUUGAUGAUAUUGACCACAACAUGUGCCCUGCUGACAAAGAAGUGUUCAGCUCGUUUGCGCACGCUCAGGUUUCCAUUACCAACGAAAUUUACCAGUACCUGGGAGAGCCUGAAACUUUCCUCUUCUGCCCCACAGAGUACUGUGGAACAUUCUGCUACCCAAGCGUCUCUCAGUCACCCUACCUCCACACAGUAGGAGAGAAGCUACUGCCUGGCAUUGACGUCCUGUGGACAGGGCCCAAAGUGGUGUCCAAAGACAUCACAGUGGAGUCUAUUGAGGAGGUGUCAAAAAUCCUGAGAAGAGCCCCUGUAAUCUGGGAUAACAUUCAUGCCAAUGACUAUGACCAGAAGAGGCUUUUCCUGGGUCCAUACAAGGGCCGUUCCACAGAGCUCAUCCCCAGACUGAAGGGAGUCCUUACCAAUCCUAACUGCGAAUUUGAAUCAAAUUUCGUAGCGAUCCACACUUUAGCCACCUGGUAUAAGUCUAAUAUGAAUGGGGUGCGCAAGGAUGUGGUUAUGACUGAUGGUGAGGACAGCACUGUGUCCAUCCAGAUCAAGUUGGAGAAUGAGGGCAGUGAUGAAGAACUGGAAACAGACAUGCUCUACAGCCCACAGCUUGCUCUAAAACUGGCUCUCACAGAAUGGCUCGGAGAAUUUGGUGUGCCUCACCAGUACAACAGCCGACAGGUGCCUCAGAGUGGUGCCAAAAGCACAGCCAUAGAUGUAUCAUCCAUGGCUGCUCCCUCUCUUUGCUCCUCCACAACAGUCACGACUGUAUUCCAGCAGCCCAUCAUGUCUCCAGCGAUGCCUCCUCUCUGCCUGGAUCCACUUUCACACCCUUUGGCAAAAAGACCACAGGAGGUAGAGGAGGUAGAAGUGGAAAAGAAGGAUUCAGACGAGGAGCCCAUGGAGAUGGUGGUUGAGAAGCAGGAUGAGCCAGAGCCAGAAGCAGAAGCUGACCCAGAGGAGAAGCACGUCGGUCCUAUCUUAGCUGACAAGAUGGCUGAAGAUCUGAAGCCUAUGGAUACAGACAAGGAGAGUCUGGCAGAGUCCAAGUCCCCAGAAGAGUCAAUCCAGGAGGACUCUGGGAGCGAUAUCGCACCUAUGCAGACGGACGAUCAGCUCAAACAGGUGCCGCAAGCAUUUGAUGUGUUUGUGCCUGGGCCCAACGAGAAGCCACUGUUCACAGCAGAGCCCCUCACACUUGAGGAUCUGAGCUUGCUGGCAGAGCUCUUCUAUCUGCCUUAUGAACAUGGGCCCAAGGCCAUGCAAAUGCUGAAGGAGUUCAACUGGCUAAGAGCCAACAGCAGCGUCGUUAGUGUCAACUGCAAGAGGAAAGAAAGUGAAAAGGUGGCUGAAUGGCAGUUAAGGGCAGAGAAGUUUGAGGACAUGUGCUGCUCAGUCAUCCAGAUGUUCACUCGGCUGUCUAAUACGGCCAAUCGCACCAUCCUUUACGACCUCUACCCGUACAUCUGGGACAUCAAGAGCAUCAUUUCUAUGGUCAAGUCUUUUGUCCAGUGGCUAGAUGGAAGAAUCCACAGUACAAGUUUCUACUGCUAUUGGAUCGACAGUGACCGAUGGUGUCGUAGUCAGUCCUCAGCACAAUUCCUUAGAGGAGACCAAGAACCCUGGGCCUUUAGGGGAGGUCUAGCAGGAGAGUUCCAGAGAUUGUUGCCAAUAGAUGGGGCAAACGAUCUUUUCUACCAACCUCCACCUUCAAUGCCAACCUCCAAAAUCUAUUCCAUAAGGCCGUACUUUCCCAAAGAUGAGCCUGCAGUUUAUAAAAUAUGUAAAGAAAUGUACUGUGAAGGUAUGGAGGAUGUGCCGUUCACUGAUGAUGAUCCUGACCUCAUAGGAGACAGAUUAGUCGGAGGUCUCCUGACACUGAGUUCAGACUAUGGGUUUGUGCUAGAGGAUGAUGAAGGGAUCUGUGGUUAUGCUCUUGGGACUGUUGAUGUUCAACCCUUCAUCAAGAACUGCAAGUUGAGCUGGAUUCCCUUCAUGCAAGAGAAAUACAACAAACCUGACUGUGAGAAGGACCUUACAGAGGCUGAGAAAAUGAUGCUGAGUUUCCAUGAGGAGGAGGAGGGUCUUCCAGACUCUUUCCUCUCCAACUUCCCUUCUCUCAUCAAGGUUGACAUUCACGCCAAAGUCACCGACCCCAGCGUGGCCAAAAGCAUGAUGGGGUGUCUAUUAUCUUCUCUUAAGGCCAAUGGGUCCCAUGGUGCAUUCUGUAAGGUUCGUCAGACUGAUAAGCGAAUGUUGGACUUCUAUAGUAAACUAGGAUGCUUUGAAGUGGCUAAAAUGGAGGGCUUUCCCAAAGACGUCAUCAUUAUGGGACGCAGCCUUUGAAGAAACCUUGUGCGACCUUUAACAGACAGUGAAAGAACAAGUCAACACAGCUCAAACAUGUUUGCUACCCUCAUGAGAAAAACAUUCAUGAUGAUUUUAUACUACAUUACCAUCUGGGAUCGCCCUGGGACACCUUUUUUUUAGGAUUUGUGUACAGAAGCACAGCCGCCGCACACAGAUUCCCUGUGCUGCCCUUAGAUGUUAUGGCUCUGUUGGAUUCAGCAGAUCCGAAGCUAAAAGAUCUGAGGAAGGAUCUGUAGUUGCUCCAGUCAGUAACAUGGAAGUGUGGCACUUGAGCAUUGAUUUCUAGGGUCCCACUGUUCAUAUACCUCCAGGAGGAAGGAGUAACUCUAUAAGCCUUUUUUUCUGAUUUAAUCCAGUAGCCAUUACAGGGAUAUUACCCGCAUGCCGUAAUGCAGAGUGUCUGUAUCUGAAAUGGAGGCGGAGCUGUGAAAUGAGGGUGGCCCAUAUCUCAGGUAGUGUCUUACUACCCCCCAGGUCCUGCUUUCCCAGCUGUGACACAGAGAAAUGCCGUAGAUGUUGACAUAAGUGGGACACCUUUUUACAGGACGUGAGGUGCUAUAUGAGAGUUUGCCUUUCAUCGUCACUUUGUGGUAUUUUCAAUUGUUCCACAAUAGACUUGGAGAUAGAGGCCUUUUAAGUGGUGUGUUUCUAACAAAAUUGUUGUGAAAUGCUGUGUUUGUGCACAUGAAGGAUGGAAAAUUGUAGCUUUUGAGGUUUGUGAAACCCUGAAUAGAACAAUGCUACAGACCAGCAAAGAAAAGGAAUUUCAUGAGAGUUGUUAAAGAAUCAACCCGAAGGUCCUUCGGAUUUCUGUUCAAGUAGUGGUAGACGUUUGGAAAGCAAUAGAAAAGCUUCCAGGAGUUUACAGACAUGGUUCUCAGCAUAUUUCUGCUUUUCUUUUUUUUGCUAAUUUCUCCUUACUGUUGCCUUUUGGUUCAUUGUCUUUGGAUUUUAGGUUUAUAUUGUAGACCCUGUUACCAUCUGUGUCCAGGUCUUCUAGCAUACGUCGGUCACACACAGGUAAUGAUGGGUGAUUUUAUACGUUGGCCGUGUUGUUGCUCAAAUUCCAGAGAGGUAUCCUGACACUGACAGUUACAUGCUGUAUUCUCGCCCUACCAGAUCUCUAACUUUAGCCCAGCAAUCUAAGCUGACGGACUAAAAAGCUCUUAUCAUACCUAUAAGUUACGUAAAAUUAUAUAUUUAUGAAAUGUCAUGAAAAUUUUUGUCUUUCAUAAGCUUCUUUCUGAUUAUUUAGCUAGUUAAAAUGUCACAUUCGCUGGUUUACUUAAGUUUCUUUUUGGAAGCAUGAAAGCUAAGCUAACACUUCCUGAUAGCAGUCGCCAGUGGGACCAAAAUAUUCUGACCUGCUAUAGACAGUUUUAAACAUUUUUGGAUGAACAAUCCUAAAAACCUAAAAGCGUCAACCUCCCACUGUCACAAAACUGCCCAAUUCCUCAUAACCACUAAUUCAAGGCCAGACUUGUGAAUGAACAGUUAACUUUGCAGCUUCAGACGCUCUGUGUCAACAAGUCAUUGGUAAUCCUGAAUAAUCAAUUUCAACAUCUGUCGUCCCUCCCCCGCAUUGUUUCCACGUUGCGUACAAGUGAAUGUAUUCUCCGUUGAGCUUCGGCAAGUUCUCUUUAACGUCACUGAGGUUGUUAAAUCCCGUCAUCCAGGUGGCACCAGGUCCCACCCUGUUCUACUUACAGCUGUUGGGGGUUUGGAGCAGAAAAUUUGUAGGCCUUUUUCCUAUCUGUCCAUUGAAUGUUUUAUACUCUGACGCAUUUCCCAUCUUGUUUUUUGUAAAUCUAUAUAGGUAAUUUAAAAAUGCACUUUGAUUAUAAAUAGGAGUGUUCUGUUGGUUACACGAGGAUCAUCAGUUGCUCUUCAGUAGCUGCCUGCCAAUGUGAUGUCUUGAAACUGUACAUUCAUAAUGUGCACGAGGUGUAUUGGAUUUGCUGUGGUGGACAUUAGAAUAACCUCAUCUGAUGCUACAUAGAGGAAGAAGCAUGCCACUCACCACUAUGAGCAUAAUACUGUUGUACUUAGACAGUCUGUAAACACUGUCAGUCAUAAAGUGUUAUUAUUUUGUAUAUCUUUAUUGAAACCCUGCUAGCGUUCAGUUUUACUCAAACAAAGACGCUGGCCUUGUAACAACCCCCCUGUCCUGUACAGCCGUCCUACCUGUCAGCAAGGUGUGAAACUCACCAACAGACCUGCUAUUUGUUAACUGGAAUGGCAGCUGAAUUUUCACACGUGUUUUAAACGGUUCAUUUUGCAGUUUGUCGAUGCUCGAGCUUUCUCCUCUGCCAACCAGGUUUGAAUAAAAAUGGGCUGUGACUGAGAGAAAGGGCUCCAAUUGUACAUUUUGAGUUUCGGGGUGGGGGGUCAUUAAAGUGACAGUUUAUCAUUGUAAAAUUUGUAUGUAAGAUGCAUAAAAUGAAAAACUAAUAAAUACUAUUAAGUGAC